AUGGAGGAUCCGCUGCUGGCCCAGCCGCCUGGCUGGCUGGCAGAUGUGCCACAGAGCUUGCUGGCAGCUAUUCGCGUGCAUGACGAUCCUACCAGCGCUGAUAUUUUUGCUCUGCAGCGAAGUUGGGAUUCGACGACGCUGGCGCAACGCGAUGUCUGGCUCAGUGAGCUCCAUCGAGCCGGCGUUGAUGUCAACGCCAUUGAUCCUGUGUCGGGGUGUGCUUCCAUCCAUCUUGUCGUACAAAGCGCGGCACCUGGCGUCGGGGACGAUGAGCAAGCCGCUGAAUGCUUGGCCCGCCUCAUCCGAGAGGGGGCCGACGUCAAUCUGCGAUGCCAGCAUUUGGGCAUGACACCGCUGCAUUAUGCUGCGUACUUUGGCGCCCCACACACCAUGGAUGUCCUGCUACGAAGCCGCUCUGUCUCUGGCAACGCGGAGGUGGACGCCAUCUGUACUGGCAUGCAAAGAGGUACAGCUCUUCACCUGGCUGUUCUUGGCAACAAUCUGGAGUGUCUCAAGCAUUUGUUGCAAGCACGCGCCAACUCGGCCAUACGUGAUGGGGCUCAGCAACGGCCGAUUGACCUGGCGCGUAGCAUGUUGUCACGUCCGAGCGAGUUUGAUGACCCUCCCACUUUGGAGGAGAUGAUUCGCUUGCUCGAGGCCGACGAAGGCCGUGCCGUUGUUCACGAUGCACCACCACGCAAAGCCGUUCAACAACCCGCCAUGCAGCCCUCGCCCACGUCAGGCCACGCCAACGACGCCUUGCGCCGCCUCCGUAAUAGCCUUAUGCCCAUUAACAUGCAAGAUGCCUUUUCCGACUCGAGUUCCGUGAGCAAUCCCAACCUUGAUGAUGGAGAGAUUGAGGUGGGCGAUCGCGUUAUGGUCCGAGAUAAGGGGCCUGGCAUUGUCCGAUUUAAGGGCCAGACCAAGUUCAAGCCCGGCAUGUGGUAUGGCAUCCAACUCGACGAUCCCCAGGGCCGAAACAACGGCACUGUUGGUCUGGUGACAUACUUUCGCACCAAGCCCAUGCAUGGCUGUUUUGUGCGGCGAAAUCGUUUGAGCAAGCUGGGCAGCCGCGUGGCCUCCCCGCAAGUAAACGACUCGGAUGUAAAAGUGACGCCUACUGCGCGGCAGCUGGCAGCCAUUCGCAUGAGCCGACGCAAGGCCACGCCGUUUACAGCCCCCACACUCAAUGUGGGACAGACCACUCGUGUGGACAAGGGCUUCUCGGAAAAUUAUGACCACUACAGUUCCAAGCAACAGCGGGAUGCCGAAGCGACGUCUGUCUACUCGGACGGGGCCAAGUCGGCGCAGCCAUCGCCCGAUGACGUGCAGGCUCGCUUCCGUAGCAAGCUUUACAAGAGCGCGGGGAAGGAGGGAAAGAAAGAAACGCCCCCCAAAGCGCUCAGACCCACAAGCCUCAAGGGCAGCCCGUAUCAGAAGAGCAGUCCUGGCGCUGCCUUUUCCCCAAUGCACGAUGCCUUUGGGUUGCAGUCUCGCGUCUUGGUGGGCAAGGACAUGGGCUACGUUGUUUACAUGGGCCCCACUCAUCUGGGAGACGGAAACUACAUUGGCGUGGCCUUGGACCGCGCCGCCGAGAACGGACACGAUGGCACUGUGGAUGGAAAGCGAUACUUUUCCUGUCCGGCCGGACGAGGAAUGCUCAAGCCUGCGAACCGCGUGUUUUGGCACGGCAAGCGAGUCUCUGACGUGCUCGAUGAGGAUGAUGAUUAA